AUGGACUGUAGCUKCGUCUCCGACCUUCUCUUCGCCCCGCCUGCCCUGCCGGCUCUCUGGACCCCUGGGUUUGCCUUCCCGGAUUGGGCCUACAAGCCGGAGUCAUCCCCUGGCUCGAGGCAGAUCCAGCUGUGGCACUUUAUCCUGGAGCUGCUGCAGAAGGAGGAGUACCAGGGUGUCAUCGCCUGGCAGGGGGACUACGGGGAGUUCGUCAUCAAGGACCCUGAUGAAGUGGCCCGGCUCUGGGGCAUCCGCAAGUGCAAACCCCACAUGAAUUAUGACAAGCUGAGCCGGGCCCUGCGUUACUACUACAACAAGCGCAUCCUCCACAAGACCAAAGGCAAGAGGUUCACCUACAAGUUCAACUUCAGCAAAGUCGUGCUAGUCAAUUACCCACUGCUGGAUGUAGCAGCUGCUGCCACUGGCUCCCCACUCUUGUUGACCCCUGGUCCCUUUGCAGGGGGCCCUGGGCCAGAUGCUCCUCCCCUCACCCCAGAGGCCCUGCAGACCCUGUUCUCUGCCCCACGCCUGGGAGAGCCGGGGGCUCGGACACCCCUGUUUACCCCAGAGACGGACAAACUGCGGCUGGACAGCCCUUUCCCGUUCCUGGGCUCUGGUACCACUGGCUAUUCCAAGCCCCCGGGCCUGCUGGGUCCCUACGGCCGCGCCUUCCCUGAGUACCCCUGGAACUUUAACCCAUACCUCACAGGCCCCUUCCCCAAGCUCUCCCCUUCUCUCUAUCCCCCACACUUCUACCCCAACUCCCUGGCCAGUUCCCUGGGCCACCUGCCUUCCACAGGAGCAGGGGGAGGCCCCACGGCUGCACCCCUGCUGGCUGCGACUGGGGAGGGCCUGGGUCCUGAACGCCCCUCAGGCCUGGUGGCAGCCCCUCGCCUGGCACUGCCAGGAGCGGGGGAUCCAGAGACCACGCUGGGCAGAAAGGAAGACAGUGACUCAGAACUGGAGAUUACUGAUGUCAGCGGCUGCAGCUCUGACAGCGAGGGCGAUGAGGGCCUCCAGGUGUCUCCCAAAGCCAAGGCAGGCAAAGGGGGGACCGGCAGCUGA